AUGUGCAAAGUCCAUGAUGUCGAAAGAAAUGAAGAUGACCCAGCCAAUGAUGAUAAAGCUCUACAACUAAAGCUGGAGGAAAACAGGAAGAUUUCCAAGAGUCGCCUGAACGAGGUGUUAAAGGAAUACGUCCAGAAGCAGGAGAGGAGAGACAAGGGGGAGGAUGAUGAGGACGACACGCAAGAGGUGGAGGAAGAAGAUACUCAGGGGGAUGAGAAGGAGAUGGACAAUGAAGACUUAGACGUCCCAGAAAUUGACCAAAUCAUAAAUUGUGAAUCUCAAGAUGGAGCCCUGGACAGUAGCAUUAUCAGUGAAGAAAGCAGAGAAUCAAGUCUACCUUCAUUUUAAACAGUAGAGAGUCCUCUCAACUGAAACGGUGAUCCUGGAGAGGCACCUGCUGGCCCUGUUCAGUACAAAGAUGUGAAAGAAAUUUUUGAACUGGUAAGGACCAGCACAAACCAACUGCCGGAGGCCACCACACUUUUCAUUGACGAGCUUUCGAACGUGGUUGGCGAAUUAGAUGCAAGAGUGGAGGUGGGUAAUGGAUGUGUCUG